UGCUCACAGCUUCAUAUGCCUAUUGUGGAUGCCGGUUCAAGCGCUGGCUAAUCAGUUGAUCGAGGAUAUUGUUAGCCACCAACAUGGUUUCAGCUCGGAGGUACUCGGUGCAUAUUUGCGCAAAACGAAGCAGAUGUGUCUAAAUCACCCCGGGUCGGUGACAAGCUGGAAUUUGAUCACGUAUGGUGCCGGCUUGCUGGAUUCCAGCUUACCAGAAGAAUAUGCGGCUGGAGGGAGGGUACUAACAAUGCUGAUUGAUAAGGAUGUAGCAUUACAGGUAAGACGGCUGCUGAUCAGGUCACCCAGACAAAGAAUAGAGAAGCUGAUCGGCACCCUUGCUUGGAGAAGCCCAAAAGACCAAGAGAUGAGAUGGCUUGCAGCAAGGAUUGUGGAGCAUCUCGCUGCCGACCUCAACCUUGCUCACUUUCCGGGAGCAUUGGAAUGCAUAUCCUCCCUCCUCGAUCAAGAUACCCUCCUAUUGGCAUUUGUACAUCUGCAAGGAACAAUGGACCAGGUUUUGCCAGCCUUGAGAAUUCUAGAGAACCUAGCUCACAACAGGCAUAACUGCGCACUGAUAUACAACACCAAUGAUCUUCUUUCAAAAAUAGUUGCGCCUGUCAGCUCUGACAAAUUAGUAGAAGAUAUCAGAAGCAGUGUCGCAUGGACCAAGGUAGUAGAUGGAUCGCUGAAAGUGGUGAGCCGGCUGAUGGGUUCUUCAGGAAGCACCGGCCAAGACAUGUGCAAGCUAAUUGCAGAUGAUAAUGAUGCGGUCAAAAACUUGGAGGCCGUUCUAGACAUGGAUAUGAAGAGCAACAAUGGUAUGAUAGAGCUACAGAUGAGAGCUAUAGAGGUUCUUACACAAUUAGUCUUGCGUCAUCCAGCAUGUACUUCUGCAGAAGAACUUAUCAAGAGGGCACUGCACAUCUUCCUUACUGCAGAUCGGAUGCAAGAUUAUCUGAAAGAUGAGAAAAGGAAGAUCGAGCACCAGACUACAAGUCAUGUGCAAAAGAAGAUGAAAGAAGCCAAGGAAACUGCAAGCCGGCUCAAAGAACAGGCUGGUGCAACAUUGGCCAUGCUAUCUAGUGAUUCAGAGGCUAUCAAGUGUUUCACAGGAUGUAAUGAUGAUGUCAAUAAUCUUACUGAGUUGCUUGACACCGAUAUCAAGACCAUCAACUGCAUAAUAAGUGCAACAGAUACUGUGGAAAUAGAGAUCAGCAUUGAAUGUCGUGUUAGCGCAGCACUCAUCUUGAAGAAUUUGAACAACUAUGUCAAGGAACCAACUUUACGGAAGGUACUCAGACAAUUGCUUCCUGUACAACAAGACGAGCAGAGCCACAACAAGCACAGGAGCCUGCAAGCAGCGCUGUUAUCACUCAUCACAGUGAUUCGUGCAAACACCAAUCUUAAUCUUGCACCGAUCUUAAUUUCGCAGAAGCCGGCGGAUACCCUGGAAGACUUGGUGGUGAGGCUCCAAAGGAUGUCGGAGAACUUGCGUGUCACCCCCACGUGUCUCGCGAUACAGAAGCUUACUUGCGAGAUGGUUAUAGAAUUCAUGAAGCAUGAUCGAAAUGUCAGAGUGAUCGACCAGCACAAUAUCGUCGGCACAUUACUGAAGGCUUCAGAGAUGAUGGUGGGACUUGAGAACAGCAUGCUUUUCGCUGCAGUCGAUCCAGACUGCUAUGGGGUUCCUCUAAGGCCUUUCUCUUCUGUUCUCGCUAAAAAUGCCGAAGAUCUUUUGACACAGAGGAAACAGGCACUGGGCAUCAACAAUGUGCCUGUCGGUACACCAGUACCAUGAUUGUUGCAUCAUGGAGUAUUUCAAUACGUUGAAAAUUAUUGAAACAGGAAUUUCAUUCUUGGUGUGUUGUAUGCUUGCUGUUUUUUCUUUUCUUUCCAUUGUGGAUUUCUGAGAGAGUUUGUAAUAAUGUAUUGUGUGCACCUUGUGGUCUUUGCCAAGGCAACGGAGGAGGGCAUCCUCUCACCUAUCAAGCACAAAUCUGUUGGGAUUAGAACCAGUUUAUAUGCAGACGAUACUGCUCUGUUUCUAAACCCUGUC